UAAAAAGUAUAAAUAGAAACGACGGAAGCGAUGAAAAAAACACUAAUGUCAGAGUUCAAGAUUUAGAUUUUCAAGCCGAGGAUGGAAAUGUUAAAAUCGUGCGGAUUUAUUUCAUUAUGCACGACCAAAGCCAGAAAUCAAAACUGGAUAUUUUGGAGGAACAACAAACUUAUGAAUUGAGUUUUGAUGAUGGGGUAGUAAAAGUGAAUAAAGAUGAGAAUGUUUUAAGUGCCAAGAAGGAAGGGGGCAGUUUUUCUUCUGCCAGUAUGGCAAGCG